GAUAUCCACCAUAGUGUUUUCUUACGCACGUGUGUGAAGCAGAAUACUUCUCCACUCCAACAUGGCGACUUGUAACGUCGACGAGCUGUUAGCUCAGGCGGAGCGAGACGAGGCCGAUAAGCUCCGGAGCAUAACCGUCCACAAGGAGCUUGAGCUGGACUUUGACGUGGGCAACCUGCUCGCUGUUGACAAGAACCGCAUCGAGCUGCGCGACUUUAAGCAGCAGAAGCAGGAGGACUUUCUCCGCUCGCUGGCCCGCGACAACACACAGCUGCUCAUCAACGAGCUGUGGAAGCUCCCCACGGAGAGGGUCCAGGAGGCCAUCGUGGCCAAACUACCCGAGCCGACGACCGCUUUGCCCCGAGAGAAGCCUAUACCUAAACCCAAACCUCCGACUAAAUGGGAACAGUUCGCCAAGCUGAAGGGCAUCCAGAAAAAGAAGAAGACCAACUUGGUGUGGGAUGAAACGGCCAAAGAGUGGCGGCGUCGCUGGGGCUAUAAGCGGGCUAACGACGACACCAAGGACUGGCUCAUUGAGGUACCGGAGACCUCGGACCCCUACGAGGACCAGUUCGCCAAGCGCGUCAAGGCGAAGAAGGAGCGGGUGGCUAAAAAUGAGUUCAACAGGCUGAAGAACAUUGCCCGGGCACAGAAGGUGAAGCUACCCGGCGUGGGCUUGACCCCCGUGGCCAAGCAGUCCAAAGACGACCUGGCCAAAGCGGCGAGCGUGGCCAUGACCUCCACCGCCUCUGUGGGCAGGUUCCAGGACAGGCUCCCUAAGGAGAAACCUGUCAAAAACACGGGCAAGAAGAGGAAGUUUGACCCUCUCAUCGGUGACUUUUCCAACGAGAGGGAGAAGCAGCUGGAGCUCCUGAAGGUGAUGGAGGGCAAGAGGCCCAAGCUAGACCUCACCAAGGCAGUCAACAAGCAGAUGAGGGAGGAUGACCAGGAAGAGUCUGCAGCCAAGAGCAAGAAGAAGGCAGGCAGGAAGGGACGGAGAGACAACAUGGGAGGCAAAGGCAAGGGGAAGGGGAAGGGCCAGGGCCAGGGCAAAUGGAAGGGGGGCAGAGGAAAACCUCCAGGAGGAAAGGCCAAACCUGGGAAGCGCUGAGACUGUGACUGACAUCCAAACGACAUGAUUCUAAAGCUGUGACUGUUAAAUUAUCACCAAAAAGCCCGCACCACAUUUAUCACACUGUAUUUCUAUACUGAAGCAUAUAUUAGUACAGGAAAUAAACAUUUUCUAAUCAUCUUGAAAGACUUUUUCAUUCAAUUCAGGUAUGACUCAGAAGGAAUUGUAUCCCCCAUGGAAUGUAAAGGACAAAUACAACAUUUUUCUCGAACACAGUUUUAAAAAUACCUUUAAACCCAAGACGUUGCCAAACAGGUAAAUAGAUGCGGUAGUACCAUAAGACGCCACUAGGUGGCAAUAUU